GUCUUAAAUAGAAUAUAAUCGGCGUGUCUGUAACGUCGAGAGAAUAUUCGAGAGAAUAUCGUAAGCUUUUAAUUUUCGUAACAAGGGAUUUAUGUAUGUGUGAAUAAAACCCGUAUAUUUAUCUUAUUGUUAGAAGAAAAAAGUAGAAAAGUCUGUAGUUCUACUCUUUAAUCACGCGCAGGCAGCUGGUAACUGGGACGCUUACUGUUGGUUCGAUAAGUAGUAACACAUCUUCGUAAUGCAUACUUUUACUUGUUCCACCUCUAUAGCUUCUUCCGGAUAUUCUCAAUAUUAUAAAGACGGCAUCGUAUGCCAUCUUUAAUUUCGUUAAAAUUUCUAAUUUCUAACGCGAGAAAUUAUUGACAAUGCAAGGCUCUCGCAUGGAAAUUGCAAGAUUUUUUCUACGAGCUAAACGCAUAAGCAAAACGUUGGGGUCUUUGUUGCGAUUGGUUUAUUACUUUAUUCAUACACAAUCAGAUCCAGCUAUACAUAUAAGAGCUAACGGCAAAAACGCAUCAAAUAUAUCAAAUAAUCACUGAGUAUUCAGAUCACUGAUGUCUGUUUUGUCUGCCAUGUUGAACGAAUUGAUUUCGCGUCAUAUCAAAACGCAUAUGCAGCAUCAAGCAGAUAUCGAGCAACUUCACUUGAACUUGAAUUUAUAUUUUUUCUGUUGCGAUUGGCUCAUAAAGAUAUAAUAAUAGAUAUAUCUCUCUUAAAUUUUUGUUCAAAUUUUGUGAUAAAGUUAUUAAAAAUGAUUAAAAUUAAAUGAUUUAUAUAAGAAAGCAGAUGCGAUUGCGCUUCGAUACAAACGUUUACAGAUAGAAACACGCCCCCUGAAUAUGCUUCGAUAUGCGUGCAGAUGUGUCCACAUGUUUGCACGCAUAUCGUUAAGCUAUUUAUGAUACGAUUGUCAUUUUGCGACUGAUCGAAUCGCAUCUCAAAUCAUUAAUAUUUGCGAUAUAUGCGCGACACACAAUUAUAGAUCAGUUAUUUUGGAGAAGUAAAAGUUUUUCAAAUAUGAUAAGAUCAUUCAUAUAAAAUAAACUAAAAUUAUUAUUUGCGUUACAAAUAGUAAGUAAUAGAUGCAGCAAAGAACUAAGAGGUAAAGUGGGAAAAAAAAUUUAAGGAGACAUUUAAGGUGGUGGAAAGCAUUGAGAAAAUUGUGUUGUUUCUUAAUAAAUAACUUUGAGUUAAUAAAUAACGGAUAUUUCAAGUAUGUACUCAAUAUGGACAAAAUCAGGAUUCUUAUUUUGUCGCUGUGGUGUCAAGAUGCGAUACAACUUGUUAUCGCAUUAUCGCAGCGUUACCAAAGAAGCUGUCGUGGAAUCGUUGAAACUUUUUCUCAGAAAUACGAUCUGUAUCGGCUCGAUAAAGGGCCGUUAGAAAAAUCGACUUUAAACGUGGAAGAUGCUACUUAUGCACUAAAGACAAUGAACUAUAUACGUCGAAUGGAGAACAGAGCCGCGGAGUUGUACAGACAGCGGCUGAUCAAUGGCUUUUUACACUUAUACGUUGGUCAGGAAGCUAUAGCUGUAGGUCUGAAAAUGGCUCUGGCUGAACGGGACACUGUUAUUACGGCGUACAGAUGCCAUGGUUUCGCUGUCGUGUUCGGUGCUCCGAUUCGCUCGGUUCUUGCAGAACUCAUGGGUCGUAAGACAGGCCCAGCUAAGGGAAAGGGCGGCUCGAUGCACAUGUAUGCGCCGCGAUUUUACGGUGGCGACGGUAUCGUUGGCGGACAGGUACCUAUUGGCACCGGUAUAGCUUUGGCCCACAAGUACAAUGGCACAGGUGCCGUGUCCUUUACAUUAUACGGCGACGGUGCAGCCUCGCAGGGUCAAAUCUAUGAGGCUUGGAACAUGGCGAAGCUCUGGAAUCUACCAGUGGUCUACAUCUGCGAAAAUAAUAGAUAUGGCAUGGGCACGGCCGUACAUCGACAUUCUGCCAACACUCGGCUUUAUACACGCGGAGACCUCAUACCAGGAAUAAAGGUCGAUGGGAUGAAGAUCGUGGAUGUACGAGAAGCCAUACGCUUUAGCAGAGAUUACGCACUUAGAAACGGCCCGAUUGUACUGGAGAUGAUAACUUAUCGUUAUUUCGGACACAGUAUGAGCGAUCCCGGUUAUUCAUAUCGCACUAGAGAAGAAAUAAAAGCUGUACAAACUGAGCAAGACCCAAUCAUGUUGUUCACCAAGCUCAUCGUGGAGAAAGGCCUUAUGACCGAAAAAGAUGCCGAGGAUGUACGAACGUCAGUCUACAAAGAAGUCGAUCGGGAAGUGGAGCAAGCCAAGGCCGAUCAGUGGCCAGAAAUGUCGGAAAUCUCGACCGACGUUUAUGUCAAACCGUUAGAAAAAAUUCGUGGUAAAGUUCCUUGGGAAUUACUUUGAAAAUCGAUAUAUUAAUUAUUCUGUAAUUUGUUUGUACAUAUACUCGUAAAAUUUAAAUUACUUGUGUUCGAUAUACCGUGCAGACAUUACCGUGUUCUUAACGACGUACGUACUUUUUGUUAGUAACAACAUAUCACGCGUAUACACAGAAGUGCAAAAUGACUUUUGAAACUAUAAUAUUAGGAAAGGAAAUCUAAAACCUUUUGAAAGUUUUAUUGACAAAAUAUCAAAGCGAUUCUUCUCUUUUUUUUACUGACUCGGCUAACUACUUGCCAGAAGUACAAUAACAUAAGUUAAUAAAUAUCCAAUCGACCGAACAAUUCUCGUUCGAAACGAUUGUAAUAUGAAAUAGAAUCGUUUAGAAUUGUUUGGAUGUUUAAUGUUCGUCUGUAUUAUCUUUUUUUCAUGCCAUUUCUUUUUUCAUGCCAGUAAAGGUGUGCACAUUACGUAGGAGAAUCCUCUUGAUUUUAUGUGAUACAAGUAUCAUGUAUAACGGCGCAUAUUAACAUAAUAAACACGCGAAUCAUUAUUGAUUA